CACAAUCUGACAUAACUGUGGUCAACUGUCAUUACAAGCACAAGUUGUGCAAGUGUUAUUGUACUACAGAAUAAGUGUUUUGGUUCCCUUAAAUCUUUUUCUAUGAAGUGACACAGCACAUUGAUUUAACGUAUUGUUCACUGAUGUGUUUUCAAAAGAUCGUUGAUUUCAUAUAUACGAGCAAUAUUGAAACAAAGAACGUUCGUCUCUACGGUUGAGUCAUUCGAUUUCCUUGAGGUUGGUCGCAAAAAUUAUUGAUUGUUCAUAUCCAUGAACUCGAAUUAUUGACCACCUUUAUUCGUAUUCUUUGUGUGCUAGUGUGGCAACAUCUUGUUUUCAGUAUUAUCCAGCACGAUAACAGAUAAAGAAGCUUAGCUGCAAACAUAACGUUAUUUGUUUGACAUUCACCAUGCCCAUUUUAUAUUCUGUGGUGGCCAGAGGGCAAACUGUACUUGCAAAAUAUGCUACCUGCGUUGGAAACUUUGAUGAAGUGACCGGAACAAUUUUGGCCAAAAUUCCUCCAUACAAUGACAUGUUGACAUACUCGCAGGGAGCAUAUUUAUAUCAUUACAUUUGUUACAAUAAUAUUAUUUAUAUGUGCAUAACGGAUAAUGAGUUCCAAAAGACCAGGGCAUUUAUGUAUCUUACAGAAAUUAAAAAAAUGUUUCUAACGAUUUAUGGCGAUGGCGCCCAAACUGCUGUCGCAUACGCGAUGAAUAUAGAGUUUAGCAAAGUAUUGGACAAUCAAAUGAAAUAUUAUCACGAGUCGAAUAAAGACAUCGACAAGUUGUCCAAAGUUCAUGGCGAUCUAGACGAAUUGAAAGAUAUAAUGGUAACAAACAUCGAUACCUUAAAAAUGCGCGGCGAACGAUUAGACCUUCUUGUAUGUAAGGCGGAAAAUUUAUCUACUAAUUCUGUUACGUUUAGGAAAACCAGCAGAAAUUUAGCGCGCUCGUUAUUUUGGAAGAACGUCAAAAUUUACGUAAUUAUCGGAACUAUCCUUAUCAUUGUAAUAUACGUUAUUGUAUCCAUAUCUUGCGGAGGUCUCGCAUGGCAAAAAUGCGUCGGAAAUUAAUACACGAGUAUCACAUUCAAACGCACUACAUUGUCUCUAAACUGUGAUGUAAAUUUAUGUCAACACAGAUUAACGAUCGGACGAUGCGCGUACUUAUAUUUUUAAGCAAACAAAAAAAAAAGAAAAGGACGUGAUGCAGAUUUUAUAUCUUGGUUUGUUGUGCGCAUAAAAAAAUCGAGAAGUAUCGUUCGAUCCUGCAUUACGUAAGUAUAUUGAAAUAAUACGAGUACCGUUAGAAAAAUAUGUAUACGUCACGUUAUUUUUAUUAUAUCACCGGAAAAGUGUCGAUAUUAUUUGUAUGCCCCAAACAAGAAAUAUAAUUUUAAUGUCAAUCAUGUAUAUUGUACUAUACUGAAACGUUCCACGAAGGAACGAAUAAAUAAAGAAAUUAUAUUACACGAACCGUUUAUUCUUUUUCCUUUGUCCACUCUAG